UGGCUGCCCCCAGUUGCCGGCGCUGGCUCAGCCUGUCGCCGCCCAGUCUUUCCCCCGUGGCUGGUUCCAGGGAAGUUACGUGCCGAAGGCGGCUUGCGAGGAGCCACCGGACCGGCUGCGUGGAGGCCAGAGGCCCGCGGUGCUGGCGAGGGGCUAGUGGGCCGGGCCGACGUGGCCCGGCCGCGAGGGCUCGGAAGGCCGACCGGGUGGCCGCCGUCGGAGGGAGGCGCCGGCCGGGCGCGCCCUGAGGAGAGGACCCGGGCGGGGCGGGAGGGCGCUUCCCGGACUUUUGUCCGAGUUGAGGUCCCUCCCCGUGGGCCGGACCUCUCCGGCCGCCCCCGCCCUCAGCCCCGCUCGCGCCCGGGAGAUGUUUAUCUGCUCUGUGGCGUGAAGAGCCGGAGGGCUGCCGGCGCGGAGUUUCGGGUCCGAGGCGCCUCGCGCGGCGCUGGGAAGAGACAAGAUGUCCGCCAGAGCCGCGGCCGCCAAGAACACAGCAAUGGAGGAAACAGCUAUAUGGGAACAGCACACAGUGACACUUCACAGGGCUCCUGGAUUUGGAUUUGGAAUUGCAAUAUCUGGCGGAAGAGAUAAUCCUCAUUUUCAGAGCGGGGAAACCUCAAUAGUAAUUUCAGAUGUGCUGAAAGGAGGACCAGCUGAAGGACAGCUACAGGAAAAUGACCGAGUUGCAAUGGUUAAUGGAGUUUCAAUGGACAAUGUUGAACAUGCCUUUGCUGUUCAGCAACUCAGGAAAAGUGGGAAGAAUGCAAAAAUUACUAUUCGGAGGAAGAAGAAAGUCCAGAUACCAGUAAGUCGUCCUGAUCCUGAACCAGUAUCUGAGAAUGAAGAGGAUAGUUAUGAUGAGGAAGUACACGAUGCAAGAAGUGGCCGGGGAGGCCUGGUUAAUAGAAGGAGUGAGAAGAGUUGGGCAAGGGAUAGAAGUGCAAGUAGAGAGAGGAGUUUAUCUCCACGAUCUGAUAGGCGAUCUGUGGCCUCUAGUCAACCUGCCAAACCUACCAAAGUCACAUUGGUGAAAUCCCGGAAAAAUGAAGAAUAUGGUCUUCGAUUGGCCAGCCAUAUAUUUGUAAAGGAAAUUUCACAAGAUAGUUUGGCAGCAAGAGAUGGCAAUAUUCAAGAAGGCGAUGUUGUAUUGAAGAUAAAUGGUACUGUGACAGAAAACAUGUCAUUGACAGAUGCAAAGACAUUGAUAGAAAGGUCUAAAGGCAAGUUAAAAAUGGUAGUUCAGAGAGAUGAACGGGCUACCCUAUUGAACGUCCCUGAUCUUUCUGACAGUAUCCACUCUGCUAAUGCCUCUGAGAGAGAUGACAUUUCAGAAAUUCAGUCACUGGCAUCAGAUCAUUCCGGUCGAUCACACGACAGGCCUCCCCGCCACAACCGGUCACGAUCUCCUGACCAACGGUCAGAGCCUUCUGAUCAUUCCAGACACUCUCCACAGCAGCCCAGCAAUGGCAGUCUUCGGAGCAGAGAGGAAGAGAGAAUUUCUAAACCUGGGGCUAUCUCAACUCCUGUAAAACAUGCAGAUGAUCAUGCACCUAAAACAGUGGAAGAGGUUACAGUUGAAAGAAAUGAGAAACAGGCACCCACUCUUCCAGAACCAAAGCCUGUAUAUGCUCAGGUUGGACAACCAGAUGUGGAUUUACCUGUCAGCCCAUCUGAUGGUGUCCUACCUAAUUCAGCUCAUGAAGAUGGAAUUCUUCGGCCCAGCAUGAAAUUGGUAAAAUUCAGGAAAGGAGAUAGUGUGGGUUUGCGCCUGGCUGGUGGAAAUGAUGUCGGAAUAUUUGUAGCUGGCGUUCUGGAAGAUAGCCCGGCAGCCAAAGAAGGCUUAGAAGAGGGUGAUCAAAUUCUCAGGGUAAACAAUGUAGAUUUCACAAACAUCAUAAGAGAAGAAGCCGUCCUUUUCCUACUUGACCUCCCUAAAGGAGAAGAAGUGACCAUAUUGGCUCAGAAAAAGAAAGAUGUUUAUCGUCGCAUCGUAGAAUCAGAUGUAGGAGAUUCUUUCUAUAUUAGAACCCAUUUUGAAUAUGAAAAGGAAUCUCCCUACGGACUUAGUUUUAAUAAAGGAGAGGUGUUCCGUGUUGUGGAUACACUGUACAAUGGAAAACUAGGUUCUUGGCUCGCUAUUCGAAUUGGCAAAAAUCAUAAGGAGGUAGAACGAGGCAUCAUCCCUAAUAAGAACAGAGCUGAGCAGUUAGCCAGUGUACAAUACACACUCCCAAAAACAGCAGGAGGAGACCGUGCUGACUUCUGGAGAUUCCGAGGUCUUCGCAGUUCCAAGAGAAAUCUUCGAAAAAGCAGAGAGGAUUUGUCAGCUCAGCCAGUUCAAACAAAGUUUCCAGCAUAUGAAAGAGUUGUUCUUCGAGAAGCUGGAUUUCUGAGGCCUGUAACCAUCUUUGGACCAAUAGCUGAUGUUGCUAGAGAAAAGCUGGCAAGAGAAGAACCAGAUAUUUAUCAGAUUGCAAAAAGCGAACCACGAGAUGCUGGAACUGACCAACGUAGCUCUGGCAUUAUUCGCCUUCAUACAAUAAAGCAAAUAAUAGAUCAAGACAAACACGCUUUACUGGAUGUAACACCAAAUGCGGUUGAUCGUCUGAAUUAUGCCCAGUGGUAUCCAAUUGUGGUAUUCCUUAACCCUGAUUCUAAGCAGGGUGUGAAAACUAUGAGAAUGAGGUUAUGUCCAGAAUCUCGGAAAAGUGCCAGGAAAUUAUAUGAGCGAUCUCAUAAACUUCGUAAAAAUAAUCACCAUCUUUUUACAACUACAAUUAACUUAAAUUCAAUGAAUGAUGGUUGGUAUGGUGCAUUGAAAGAAGCAAUUCAACAACAACAGAACCAGUUGGUAUGGGUUUCUGAGGGAAAGGCGGAUGGUGCUACAAGUGAUGACCUUGAUUUGCAUGAUGAUCGUCUGUCCUACCUGUCAGCCCCAGGUAGUGAAUACUCAAUGUAUAGCACGGACAGUAGACACACUUCUGACUAUGAAGACACAGAUACAGAAGGCGGGGCCUACACUGAUCAAGAACUAGAUGAAACUCUUAAUGAUGAGGUGGGGACUCCGCCGGAGUCUGCCAUUACACGGUCCUCUGAGCCUGUAAGAGAGGAGGACUCCUCUGGAAUGCAUCAUGAAAACCAAACAUAUCCUCCUUACUCACCACAAGCGCAGCCACAACCAAUCCAUAGAAUAGACUCCCCUGGAUUUAAAACAGCUUCUCAACAGAAAGCAGAAGCUUCAUCUCCAGUCCCUUACCUUUCGCCUGACACAAACCCAGCAUCAUCAGCCUCUGCCGUUAACCCCAAUGUAAAUUUAACUCGGGUCAGACUGGAGGAGCCCGCCCCUGCCCCUUCCACCUCUUAUUCACCACAAGCUGAUUCUUUAAGAACACCAAGUGCUGAGGCAGCUCACAUAAUGCUAAGAGAUCAAGAACCGUCACUGUCGUCGUGUGUAGAUCCAGCAAAGGUAUAUAGAAAAGAACCCUAUCCUGAAGAAAUAAUGAGACAGAAUCAUGUUUUGAAACAGCCACCUGUUGGUCACCCAGGGCCGAGGCCAGACAAAGAGCCAAAUCUGAGCUAUGAGCCCCAACCCCCAUAUGUAGAGAAACAACCCAGCAGAGACCUCGAGCAGCCCACAUACAGAUAUGACUCUUCAAGCUAUGCAGACCAAUUCUCUAGAAACUAUGACCAACAUCUGCGCUAUGAAGAUUGCAUCCCUACAUAUGAAGAGCAGUGGUCAUAUUACAGUGACAAGCAGCCCUAUCAACCUCGGCCUUCUUUUGAUAAUCAGCACCCUCGAGACCUUGACUCCAGACAGCAUCCUGAAGAGUCCUCAGAACGAGGGUAUUUCCCACGUUUUGAAGAGCCAACCCCUCUGUCCUAUGACAGCAGACCACGCUAUGACCAGCCACCUAGAACCUCCACCCUGCGACAUGAAGAGCAGCCAGCUCCUGGAUAUGAUAUGCAUAAUAGAUACAGACCAGAAGCACAGCCCUAUUCUUCAGCAGGUUCUAAGGUGUCUGAGCCCAAACAGUAUUUUGACCAGUAUCCACGGAGUUAUGAGCAAGUACCAUCACAAGGACUUACCUCUAAAGCAGGCCAUUACGAGCCUCUCCAUGGUGCUGCAGUUGUCCCCCCUUUACUGCCCGCAUCUCAACAUAAGCCAGAAGUUCUGCCUUCAAAUACCAAACCACUGCCUCCACCCCCAACUCUAACAGAAGAAGAGGAAGAUCCAGCAAUGAAACCACAGUCUGUGCUCACUAGAGUUAAAAUGUUUGAAAACAAAAGAUCUGCAUCAGUGGAGAACAAGAAGGAUGAAAACCAUACUGCUAUUUGUAAGCCUCCAGAGGUAGCAUCUAAACCUCCAGGUGCUCCCAUCCUUGGUCCUAAGGCCACUUCUCAGAAUCAAUUCAGUGAACAUGACAAAACACUGUACAGGAUCCCAGAACCUCAGAAACCUCAAGUGAAGCCACCUGAAGAUAUUGUUCGGUCAAAUCAUUAUGAUCCUGAAGAAGAUGAAGAAUAUUAUCGAAAACAGCUCUCAUACUUUGACCGAAGAAGUUUUGAAAACAAGCCUCCUGUACACAUUCCUGCUAGCCAUCCCUCAGAGCCUGCCAAGCCAGUUCACUCUCAGAAUCAACCAAAUUUUUCUAGUUAUUCUUUGAAGGGAAAGUCUGCUGAAGCUGACUCUACAGAUAGAUCAUUUGUUGAGAGACGCUAUGAUCCGAUCCCAGCCACGCCCCCGCCGCCUCCAUUGCCCUCCCAGUACUCCCAGCCUUCUCAGCCCAGCACCAGCUCUUCUCUUGCCCUCCACACACAUGCUAAGGGAGCACAUGGGGAAGGUAACUCGGUGUCAUUGGAUUUUCAGAAUUCCUUAGCUUCCAAACCAGACCCACCUCCAUCUCAGAAUAAGCCAGCAACUUUCAGACCACCAAACCGAGAAGAUACUGCUCAGUCCACUUUCUAUCCCCCAAAAAGUUUCCCAGAUAAAGCUCCAAUUAAUGGAGCUGAACAGACUCAGAAAACAGUUGCUCCAGCAUAUAAUCGAUUCACACCAAAACCAUAUACGAGUUCUGCUCGGCCAUUUGAACGCAAGUUUGAAAGUCCUAAAUUCAAUCACAAUCUUCUGCCAAGUGAAAGUGCGCAUAAACCUGACUUGUCCUCAAAAGCCCCUACUUCACCAAAAACUCUGGUGAAAGCUCACAGUUCAGCACAGCCUCCUGAGUUUGACAGUGAAGUUGAAACUUUCUCCCUCCAUGCAGAUAAGCCUAAAUAUCAAAUAAAUAGUAUCAAUACAGUGCCUAAAGCUAUUCCUGUGAGUCCCUCAGCUGUGGAAGAGGAUGAAGAUGAAGAUGGUCAUACUGUGGUGGCCACAGCCCGAGGCAUAUUUAACAGCAAUGGUGGGGUGUUGAGUUCCAUAGAAACUGGUGUUAGUAUAAUUAUCCCACAAGGAGCCAUUCCUGAGGGAAUUGAGCAGGAGAUCUAUUUCAAAGUCUGCCGAGACAACAGCAUCCUCCCGCCUUUAGAUAAGGAGAAAGGUGAGACACUGCUGAGCCCCUUAGUGAUGUGUGGGCCCCAUGGCCUCAAGUUCCUGAAGCCCGUGGAACUGCGCUUACCACACUGUGCGUCCAUGACUCCUGACGGUUGGUCUUUUGCUCUAAAAUCAUCCGACUCCUCGUCGGGUGAUCCUAAAACCUGGCAAAACAAGUGUCUUCCUGGAGAUCCAAAUUACCUUGUUGGAGCUAACUGUGUUUCUGUCCUGAUUGACCACUUUUAAUUCUUAAAAUACAGGAACUAGAUUAAAUAAUGUGAAGCUGGGUUUAACUUACUAAAUCUAAAUGAAACCACUCUAUCAAGUAUUAUUAUACUUUACUUAGAAUUGACAUUGCAGUUUGUUAGUAUUUAAGCAUUUUGUUUGAACUGCUGAAGAUUAGUGAGCAUGCCCCUGAACCAUGGUUAGAAGACAUGCUGAGAACUGCGUGUUUGUGAUUGAAGAACUAUUGAUAUUGGUUAGAGGCUCAAAGAUGUUUUGCUUUGUUAAUGAUUUUUUUACUUUUUUAUGGUCACUGCUUAACUCACAUAUUGAUUUCCGUUAAAAUACCAGCCAGUAAAUGGGGUACAUUUGAAUUCUGUUCUUUACAAAAUACACUGUUUCAGACUUUAUUAUGGCCCUGGCCUGGCAUACACAUUUUAUUUUAUUAUGCAUGAGGUAAUACACACAUUUUUAAAAUGCACCUGGAAUAUAUAACCAGUGUAGUGGAUUUAACAGAAAUGUACAGCAAGGGAAAUCUCUAGCUUUGGGGAAGGGGGUGGGUUUUAAGUGAAGACAAUUACUUACUGUAUAUGAAAACACAUUUUUCUUAGGGAAGGACACCAAAGCAUGUGAGAUUGGUUCCAUGGCCUCUUUGAAUCUAUAAAUUAACCAUAUCACCACAGAUGUACUAACCAUAACCAGCAGGAAUGCCUUACCCUCAUGUUUUUAAUUCUUAGAUCAUUCUCUCUGUAUUACUAAGUUUUCAUGGCUUUUGUGCUCGUCCAAAUACCGUAUCAUGAGAAAGAUUGAGUAAAUUGUGGAUUUGGUGGUUUCAGAAAUGUAUAAUUACCCCGAAGAAAAUAGUGGUGUGAUUUGGGGAUUUUUUUUUUCCUUUGGCAAGGGGCAGUGGGUUUUUUUCUGGUUUUUUUUGGCAAUGCAUUUGAAAACUUUGAUAUUUUAAGGAUGCCUGUACAUAAUGCUUGCCUACCACUUUUGUUCUUGGUUUGUAAAUUAACUUUUAUAAACUUUACCUUUUUUAUACAUGAACAGAACCAAGUUUCUUAAGGCUACCUUUGUAUUCUCUCCUGUACCUCUUGAGCCUUGAACUUUGACCUCUGCAGCAAUAAAGCAGCAUUUCUAUGACACACACAGUCAUUUUUUUAAGAAAAAGAAUGCACAGAGUUGUUACAUUUUUAAGUGCUGCAUUUAAAAGAUACAGUUACUCAGAAUUCUCUAGUUUGAUUAAAUUCUUGCAAAGUAUCCUUACUGUAAUUUGUGAUACAAUGCUGUGCCCUAAAGUGUAUUUUUUUACUAAUAGACAAUUUAUUAUGGCACAUCAGCACGAUUUCUGUUUAGAUAACACAACACUACAUUCUGUUAAUCAUUAGGUGUGUCUGAAUUUCUUUUACAGUUAUUAAAACAAUUCAAAUUUCUAAAUAUGCAGAAUAAAACUUUUUAAAAUAAAA